CUUAAAUUGCAAUACCUGUGUUAACUGAGUCAGUUAUGUAACAAAGGCUCAUAGAGCAGAAAACCAAGUGAAAGUUUAUCUGAAUAUGACUCGAGACUAAGCUGAAGUCCAGUAAACAUGUUGCGAACCUCCUUGCUUGUAUGUCUCUUCCUGCACCUGGCGCUCGGCGUCAUAGAGCAACCCGAUUAUGUGAAAACUUGUUUCAAAAACCAACCGGGUUUCAUCAACUGUUCCACACACGCGGUGCAAGCCCUCUUCAAUGCGAUUCCAAGGGGCGAGCCCAGGAUCGGGCUCGACCCACUCGACCCUCUCAAAGUCCCAAAAAUUAAGAUACUGCAAGGUGGAGGAGGUCCGGUGACCGUAAACGCGUCUUUAACCAACGUCACAGUUCUGGGUUUUGGCAAAACGCAGGUGCUUUACAACAGCGUGGAUCCAGUUACGUACGAUUUCCUCACGAAAUUGCGCCUGGAAAGGCUGCGCAUAGACGGCCUGUACGAGCUUUUGGGCCGGAUUUUGGUGAUCCCGCUCCGGGGGAAGGGCAACUGUUGGUUCGAUGCCAAAAACAUCGAUAUCGUUGCCAAGAGUGACGUUAUUUUGGAAAAACGGGACGGUUUCCAUUUCUACAAUGUCACGGCAAUCCACGUGAAAUUCAGCAUUGGCGGGCUGAAGCUCCACAUGUACAAUCUGUUCGACGGCAUUAAAGCCUUAGAGGACUCAACUAAUGCGUAUCUCAAUGCGAACUGGAGGCCGGUCGCCGAGUCCUUGAAUCCGAUCCUUUCGAAGACCAUCGAGGACAUAAUGAUCGAUAUUUUGCGAAAAGUUUUCGACAAUAUCCCCGCGGAUUACUUCAUCGGGGAUAUAGAAAAUUGAAAGUUUUCCUUGUGAUCAAUUAAGUUAGUGUAAAUUUAGAAAAUUCGACACACUUUCAUGCGCUGCUGAAAUAUUUCCAGCAAAAAUAAACAAACUUAAACUUAGCUCGUGAGUCACUCCAGGCGCUGUAGAUUAAGUGAAACACACCCCAUUUAUUCAUUUCGUUUUCCAGUAUUAUUUAUUAGUUACCACAAAUACGUUUCAUUUUUUAAUAAAACACUAAAAAUAA